GGCGAAGGCGAGCCCCACCGCCUUAGCUCCGCUUGCGGUGCUUUGUAAACCGGCCGCUGGGGUUGGCAGCGGAAAACAGUCCCGGCUUCGAUCUUCGAAGGGCGCGUCCACGCCGCCUGUCCGUCCGUCCCGCCCCCGCCCACCAAACCCCCCCCCCCGACUUAAAGAGUUUGCCCGCCGGUGCGAAAUCCCGCGGGGGAGGUUUGCGGAAGGCGUGGAACCGCUGACAGGGAUGGCAGGUCGGGAGUCCUUAGCUGGAUGACGGAGAGAAGCCAGCCAGCCAGCCAGCCAGCCGGCCGAGAGAUAAAUAAAAACCUUCCACCAGCCGACGCCCCCUCCCCACGCCCCCCACCCCCAUCCCGGCAUCCCGCAUGGAAGAGCUUGAUCAUGACUGUUAGAUAGCAUCCCAUAUCACAAUGACUAUGGCUCCCCGAAAACGGAGUCGUCAUGCUUUGGGGUUUCUUUGCUGCUUUGGGCGGAGUGAUCUGCCUGAAAUCAACCUCAAGGACAAUAACCCUCUGCAGUUCUUGGAGUUUUCAGUGCCAAUCCCACCAGCCGAAGAACUGAAUGCAAGGUUCUCUGAGCUUGUGGAUGAAUUGGAUCUCACAGAUAAGAAUAGAGAGGCAAUGUUUGCACUCCCACCAGAGAAGAAAUGGCAGAUCUAUUGCAGCAAAAAGAAGGAACAAGAAGAUCCUAACAAGCUUGCUACAAGCUGGCCAGACUAUUAUAUUGAUCGCAUCAAUUCCAUGGCAGCAAUGCAGACUCUCUAUGCUUUUGAUGAAGAAGAAACAGAAAUGAGGAAUAAAAUAGUUGAAGACUUGAAAACAGCUCUGCGAACUCAGCCCAUGAGAUUCGUAGUAAGAUUUAUUGAGCUGGAUGGCCUGAGCUGCUUGCUGAACUUUUUGAAGAGUAUGGACUAUGAAACCUCUGAAAGCCGUAUACAUACAUCCGUUAUAGGAUGCAUCAAGGCUCUGAUGAACAACUCCCAAGGACGAGCCCAUGUUCUAGCCCACCCAGAAAGCAUCAAUAUAAUUUCGCAGAGUUUACGGACGGAGAACAUCAAGACCAAGAUUGCUGUGCUGGAGAUCCUUGGGGCUGUUUGCUUAGUGCCAGGAGGUCACAAAAAGGUUCUGCAGGCCAUGCUUCAUUACCAGGUCUACGCAGCAGAGAGAACAAGAUUCCAGACUCUACUCAAUGAGCUAGACCGAAGCAUGGGGAGAUAUCGUGAUGAAGUGAACCUAAAAACAGCCAUCAUGUCCUUUAUUAAUGCUGUAUUGAAUGCAGGUAGUGGAGAGGACAACUUGGAAUUCCGAUUGCACCUACGAUACGAGUUUCUAAUGCUGGGUAUUCAGCCUGUUAUUGACAAACUCAGAGGACAUGAAAAUGCAACAUUGGACAGGCACUUAGAUUUCUUUGAGAUGGUUCGAAAUGAAGAUGACUUGGAACUUGCAAAGAGGUUUGAAAUGGUACAUAUUGACACAAAAAGCGCCUCACAGAUGUUUGAACUGAUCAAGAAGAAGUUGAAGCACACAGAUGCUUACCCCUAUUUACUGUCUGUACUCCAGCACUGCUUACAAAUGCCUUAUAAAAGAAAUGGAGGAACUUUUCAACAAUGGCAACUUUUAGACAGGAUACUGCAGCAAAUUGUUCUUCAGGAUGAACGAGGGAAUGACCCAGAUGUAUCUACUUUGGAAAACUUCAAUGUCAAGAACAUCAUUAAGAUGUUGGUAAAUGAAAACGAAGUGAAACAAUGGAGAGAUCAAGCAGAGAAAUUCCGGAAAGAACAUGUUGAAUUGAUGAGCAGGCUAGAGAAGAAAGAAAGAGAAUGUGACAUAAAAACCCAAGAGAAAGAUGAAAUGAUGAAGACACUGAAUAAAAUGAAGGAUAAGCUUCAAAGAGAAUCUCUGGAGCUUCGCCAAACUCGGGAUCAAAUGAGUGACCUUGUUGUUCAGCUGAAUGAAUUUUCGCAAGGGAAUAGUACAUUCCCAAUGCCUCCUCAACUACCACCUGGUGGACCAUUUUCUUUGUCCUCUUCUCUACGAUCAUCAGAGAUUUUGCCACCGCCUCCCCCACCUCUUCCUUUCUCUAGCUGUCCUCCUCCUCCAGCUCCGCCACCACCUCCAGGUGGACCUCCACCCCCACCUGGAGCACCUCCAUUCUUUAAUGUCAGUCUGCCUCCAGUUUCUUCCACCACCGCUACCACCACGUUCAGCAACAGUGAGAUUAGCCUAAAGAAAAAAUCAAUCCCGCAGCCAUCUCAUCCACUGAAAUCCUUCAACUGGGCGAAAUUGAGUGAGGAAAAGAUACAUGGUACAAUCUGGCAUGAAAUUGAUGAUAUACGGGCUUUCAAGAUGCUGGAUUUGGAAGAUUUUGAAAAAAUGUUUUCGGCCUAUCAAAGACAUCAGGACCUGUUAACUAAUCCUUCUUCCUCCUGUAAGCCGAAGGAAAUGGGAUCAACUGAAGAUUUAUACUUAUCCAGCCGAAAGGUGAAAGAGCUUUCUGUGAUUGAUGGCCGGAGAGCACAAAACUGUGUCAUCCUCCUUUCCAAGUUGAAGCUAUCUAAUGAAGAAAUUCGGCAGGCAAUUUUGAAAAUGGAUGAAGAAGAAGAUCUGGCGAAAGAUAUGUUGGAGCAGCUACUGAAGUUUGUUCCAGAGAAGAGUGAUAUUGACCUGUUGGAAGAACAUAAGCAUGAAAUUGAUCGCAUGGCACGAGCAGAUCGUUUUCUCUAUGAAAUGAGCAGGAUUGAUCACUACCAACAAAGACUUCAAGCAUUAUUCUUUAAGAAGAAGUUUCCAGAGAGGCUUGCUGAAGCUAAGCCAAAAGUGGAAGCUAUUCUCUUGGCCUCCAGAGAGCUCAUCCGCAGCAAGCGCCUGAAGCAGCUUUUGGAGGUCGUGUUGGCCUUUGGCAAUUACAUGAACAAGGGACAAAGAGGAAAUGCAUAUGGCUUUAAGGUUUCCAGCCUGAAUAAGAUUGCGGACACCAAAUCUAGCAUAGAUAAGAAUAUUACCUUAUUACAUUACUUAAUAAUGAUCUUUGAAAAGAAUUACCUAGAUGUGCUUGAUGUACAGUCUGAACUGCAACAUCUUCCAGAAGCAGCAAAAGUCAACCUAGUGGAGUUGGAGAAAGAAGUUAAUAACGUAAAGACUGGGUUGAAAGCUGUUGAAGCUGAGCUAGAUUAUCAGAAGAGGCGUAUGCGAGAACCAGGUGAUAAAUUCGUCCCAGUCAUGAGCGACUUUAUCACAGUAGCUAGUUUUAGUUUUUCUGAGCUGGAAGACCUUCUGAAUGAUGCAAGGGAUAAGUAUGCCAAAGCACUGAAGCAUUUUGGAGAGAAUGAGGGAAGGAUGCAGCCAGAUGAAUUUUUUGGCAUCUUUGACACCUUCCUGCAAUCCUUUACAGAAGCUAAGCAAGAUCUGGAGAAUAUGAGGAAGAAAAAAGAAGAAGAGGAGCGCAGGGCACGCAUGGAAGUCAUGCUUAAAGAACAGAGAGAGAAAGAACGGCGUCAGAAGAAAGCAAAGGCUGGUAGUAUCUCAGAGGAAGGAGGAGGAGAGUUUGAUGAUCUUGUGUCAGCACUGAGAUCAGGUGAAGUUUUUGACAAAGACUUAUCCAAGCUCAAGCGCAACCGUAAGCGUUCAGGGAACCAAAAUCUGGAGACAAGUCGGGAACGAGCAAUAACAAAGCUCAAUUAUUAAAUAUAGGUGAUGUGCAGAUUACACAAAGUGCAAAACCGUAAUGAACAACUGCUGCAAUCAAGAUGGUGAGACUGUCUAAAACCUUUCUGCAGGAAGCACAUCUAGUGCCAAUGGCUCCCCCCCCCCCUGAUGAAUUUAUUCUCUUGUCUUGCUCUCUUCCAUAUUUACAUAAUCUGGAAUGAUGGAAAAAGUGCCUCUCUAGUGCCCAUCAAACCUUUCUUUUGAUUGGCUUCUCGAUUCCACUACAACUUCACUUGGACCCUUUUGAUGGAACAGAAAGCUCGGGGUUUUUUUGCACCAGUUACUUGGGGUGGUGGGUAGGGGAGGAUCACGUGCCAAAGUUUACACUUUUUUUUUUUAAUCUCCAAUGCUGAGAAAAUGCAAGACAGUCUCAGGAUGGUUCUGAAUUUUCCUGCCAUUCUUGGUUUGGCCUGCCUUCAAGAGUGAAUUAGUGGUAUUAUAGUGUUGUAGUUCUCUUCCUCCACUGGAUUUCCAAAAGGCCAUUGACUUUGAGAAACAUAACAAUGGUCCCAAGGACUGGUAUUUACUGGUGCAUGACAAGCAAGUGAUAUUGCGUCAGAGGAAGUAGCUAGAGCAGUUCUGUUUUCUGAGAUGCAUAAAAUGUUUGGGAAACUCACUUUUUUUCCCCACUAAUCACUUGAGUAUUUGGAAGUGUGCUAAGUCUUUAUACCAAGUUGUGAGAAAGUAGGAGGAACCAUACUCUAAGAGUGAUCAUCAUUAACCUGAACCUGAUCAGUUAUCAUUGCUAAGCAAUGUGGUAGGAAAGGGUUUGGGGCAUAGCAGUAUUUCCAUUUGUAAAACUGCAUUAUUUUGAAAGCACAGUAACACAAAUUAUUUGAACUAAUAAGAUGUAGAAACUAAAAAAAAAAAUACACAAAUGGUUUGUCUGAUAGUUGAAAAGGAGAAUCCGGUCAUUUAUUGGAAGCUGUGACUCAACUGGGAUGGACAUUUUUCAUUCUAACAGACUGGCCUUUUCAGCAAAUGCAACCCUUCCAACAACAUUUUCACAGUAUUAUGUAAUUGUAAGGUGACUGGAACAUUCAAGGAUUUUUUUCCAUCAUAAUGGAAGUGACAAAGAAAAUUAAGAUAUAUGGCAGACCCAAAAGGGAUUAUCCAGUAUGUUUGAAAACAACUCUUGCAGUGACAAUAAACAAGCGGUUUAUCAUGUAAUAAGAAAUUGUCUGCAGAACAGCCAAAGCAGAAACAUGCAUAUGUAGAGAGCCAAAUAAUACUUCUCUGUUUCAUUGUUCUUACAUGGUUGUACAUUAAUAGAACUAUGCAGUAUACGAUUUGUUUUUUUAAAUCUUAUGAAUUGAAUAGUUAUUCAUCAAUUCUCAACUGGAUCUCAGGAAAAAAAAAGAUGGUGCAAGCUUGAGUGUGAGCAACAUGGAGGCAAAGUUUAAGAUGAUGUCUGAAAAAGCUUUUCUGCAAGGGCAAAAUCCAUAGGAUUCCAGGGAUUAUAAAAGAUAUAUCCAAUUGUCAUGUUGAUUACUUGCUUUUGUUGGUAUGAAAUUUUUUUUGUAGAUUUAAGUUUAUUCCUGUAAAGUAGAAAAUUCCUUUCUCCCUCAAGCACAGAUUAAUAAGCCAUAUUUGCAAGAUUCCCCUACCAACGUCGGGUUGAAUGUUGGGAACCCUGAAUAGAAGUGCUCAAAUCUUCAAAAAUAAUUGUCUUAUUUUUGUAUAUGGCUCUUUUUCAGUGCUCUGGUUCUGAAUUUUCCUGUUCAUAGCAUUCCAGAAUACAGGAUGUUUUCAUUACAUGUAUGGGAAGAUAAUUUGCCUUUAUAUAAAAAAAUUCUGUCGUAGGACUGCCUCUUUUUUAAAAUGUUAUUUAGAGCAGUGUUUCUUAAAAGUGUGGUUGUGGCCAUCCUCUCAGAAAAUCAACAUUCUUAAUAUUAAAAGCCCAUCAAAUUGUGAGAAUUGGCAAUGAAUGCAAAUUUUUAGUAUAGUAAAUGUUGAUGAAUAUAAUCUGUACAAAGGAAAGUUCAUUUGGAGUCCUCCGUAAUUUUACGGAGGGGUCCUUAACAGAAAAAAAAGUUGACUGAAUUAUAAAAUGAUCCUUCAUCACAUGGAAACUGACCUCUUUGUCUAUGAAGAUUCUCAGUCAUCCAUUUGGAUCAUGGUUGUCCCCAAGGUGCUUUUUCAAAAGGCAUCUGGACUUUCUGGUUUUUCUUUGAAGCUGAUUCACUUCUCAUUCUCAUCCAAGAAGCUGAAGAAGUUUCUUGGAAGUGAAGUGAAACGUCUUCAAAGAAAAACCAGAAAGUCCAGUUGCCUCUUGAAAAAGCAUCUUUGGGAUGACCUGUCUCUUCCUCUUUCGGAACUGAAUGAUUCCGCUCUAAAUAUUCUUGAAGAUUAACAGGGUUGUACUUUUGGGAUUCUUCAGGAUGAACAACAAGAUAUUUUAAAGAAAAAUGUGAAUACUAUAUUGAGCUUCUGGCUGUUUCGUUUAGUAGAAAUGUAGUAUUACACUAUGUCUCUUGUCUUGUCUCGUCCAAGAAAAACUAAAAUGACAUAGUGCAAGGCAAGCCCAUUUUCCUUGCACCAAAUCUCAAGAUUACACCUUACUCAAAAUAAUAAACUUUGAGUUACAUCGCUCAGUAUUGCCAAAUUCCUUACAGAGAUUAUAUACCACAAAUAAGAUGCAAUCCAGUUCAAGUUCUUCAUCUGCGACGAUACUCCUUUCCUUCCCAUAAAAUAUAAUCUGAGACAUCUAAUUGUUACUGCAGUAAGGUAAGUAAAUAACAUUGUUACUGCAGUAAGGAACCAGGAUAAAGAGAAGGUAUAUUUGUGGUAUAUAGGUUUCAGUGAGCAUGAUGUUCUCAGGUGGCCAUACCUGAUACAGACAUCUCUUAAUUUAAAUGAUGGGCAGGUAACCCUGAUGUCUGGAAGAUACUUAAGAACAUUGCAUCAGAGUAACAUUAGAAAUCUCCUUCCUUUCAGCUAGAGUGACUAUCAACACCAGUGGCCCCUGCAAGAACCUGAGGAGGUUGCCAAUUAUCAGUGAGGUACUUAGAGCAGGAAGAGGGAAAUUCUGUGUCAUAUAAACAAUGAGUAUUUUUCCCCCUAGGAAUAGGGCAGUCAAGGAAGUUCAUUCGAUAGUUUGAGAGAAUCAGACAUUUUAUUGUUGCUCCUAGCUCUGCUAUAUAAUGCCUGGUUUUUUAAAAUUAUUAUUAUUGCCAGUAUUUCUGUCAUAGGUUCCACAAGAUAAAGUACUGGAGUACCUCUUCUCCUAUUCCUGUAAAAUCUACAGCAACCUGGAUCAAAGAUUUGUAGGUCUCUGUGGUUUCAAUUCUGAUUUUUUUUUUCAGAGCAAUACCUAGCAGUCUGGUUUAGCAAUAGGUUUUGUGGGGAAUAUCUAAAAAUAAUAUUAAAUAUAAUUAUACAAUAAGAUUCAUUUUGUUUGUAACCAGGGCUCACUGUAUUUUGAGUCAUUCCUUCACUUGGGAAAUGUUAACUCCCAUGAACAGUUGAUGGAAUUUAGUAGCAACUUCCCAUGACCUCUAUUUCAGAUUGUCAUAGAUUUAAAAAAAAAUAUAGUUAGAGCUGAAUUCCAUGAUCCAAAAUAGAAGUUUUCAAAAAAUCCCAGUUCAAACCAGGUUUUCUCAGAGGUGACAUCAGAAUUUAUUUACCACCCUCACCCCUGGUUAAAAACGCAGCAUCUCUCUGUUGUGAAGAUUAUUGGCUUGACUGUUGGCCAAAUGCCCAUGCGUUUUCUUUAACCAAAUGAAGCUAUUGCUGACAUUUGCAAAUCACAUAAAGAAGUAGUAGGUUUCAAUUUAGUUUGCCACCAGUUUGCACGUGCAUGCGCGCAACACUUCUGUGUAUGUGCAGAAGUGCCCGGGCGGGUGGGAGGAGCCUCCUGACGCCACCGCUACCAGUUCGCCCCAAUCCAGGGCGAACCAAUAGCAACCCACCACUGACAUAAAGGUACCGUUUCGUAGGUGCUUGAGGCCUAGAACCAGCAUGGACUAUUGAAAUUAAAUAAAUAAAAUCAAAAUAGCAACAAAAGACCAGAAUCCAGUUAAAUCCCUUUUUUUUUUUUAAACCGUAGGUGGUUGGACAUUCUUCAUCUACACACUGUGCUUUUCCUUAUUGAUAUUCGGUAAUUCAUUUAAAAAAAAAAUCCCCAGAAAUGCUGCAUUAUUUGUGUUUCCAAGUUGGCAAGUGGGGUCUAUAGGAGUCCACUCGAAAUGCACAGAUGUACCACGUACAUGCCUUGAAUUUGCGCAUGCAGCUUGAUGCAGAGACGUCCAUUUCUCCAUCCAGUUUUCUAUCCCUCCCCCAGAAGUCAGAGAGAGGAUUGAACUUUGGCUCCUGUAUUGAUGUAGAUAACAGCUGUAACAUGUUAUGUUCAGUUUAUUCUCUCUCAAGAAGGGAACCUAAGAAUGUUCAAUCUGAAAAAAAAAUAUUCACAUAGGGCUGAGAAGGAACAACUCUUACAUCAAAACAUCCAGAACAAAUGAGAUAACUCUCGUGGUAUCCUCAGCAAAAGGGUUUUUUUUUGUUUUGUUUUUUGCUUUUCCACAUCUUGCGAAGUUCUCAAGCAAUAAUAUUUCGUAGCAGUUUAUCUGACCAUAAGAUAUGACAGCAAUAACUUUCUGGUUAAGAGGCCAAGCUGUGGGUUGCCACAGACCAGGGGAAAGAAAGAAAGAGUAACUUUUUAACCAUUAUGUUGCCUGACUUAAUUGGGGCAGCCGGAAAACAAGAUUAAGCAUUUUGGGGAGAUCCUGUUUCAUGUAAAUGUCUAUGGAGAUUUCUCAGUUAUCCCGUUACUGCUUAUCCCAAAGGUGCUUUUCAAAAGGCAGCUAGACUUCCUUUGCUUUUUCCUUGAAGAUAUUUUACUUCUCAUCUAAGAAGCUUCCUCAGUUCUAACUGAAUGGCAGGGAAUGAAAGGAAUACCUUUGGAAAUGCACCUUUUGGACUCCUUCAUAUAAAUUAGACAAUUUUCACACAGUGAUGCAUUUAUAACUCAAAGCCUAAUUCUCUUUUGGAGGUUUUGUGAUAGGUUGGUCCUUUUUCCUCCACAGUCUCUUGACUAUUCGUGUCAUCCAGCUGUAUCUACAGGUAGUCCUUGACUUACAACAGUAUGUUUAGUGACCAUUCAAAGUUGCAACAGCGCUGAAAAAUGUGACUUGUGACCAUUUUCACAGUUACGACCUUUGCAGCAUCCCCACGGUCAUGUGAUCAAAAUUCAGAAACUUGGCAACUGGUUCAUAUUUAUGACUGUUGCUGUUUCUUAAGACCACAUGAUCCCCUUCUGACAAGCAAAGUCAAUAGGGAAGCCAGAUUCACUUAACAGCCGGGUUAUUAACUUACCGACUGCCGUGAUUCAUUUAACAAUUGUGGCAAGAAGGGUCAUAAAAUAGGGCAAAACUCAAGAACAGAAAUUUUGGGCUCAACUGUCGUAAGUCAAGGACUACCUGUACCUGCAGUCAAAGGAUUAAAUGUUUAACACAUAAGAGAGUUAGGGUUUGUCAAAAUACAAACCAUGUAAAAUACCUGCAAUAUAGGAAAAUAAUUACUGGAAGAUGGGCUUCUAACAGAAGCGGCUCUUUUGGAUCCAUUGCUGAAUAGCAGUGAUUAGAAAUAAUUUACCAGUUCUGGCUAGUAAACCUUCUGUUUGUUAGAUCCAACCCUGUUCAUCUAUUUCAAUCCAAUGCAGCAUUUUCUUUAUGUGCAACAUACCAGUUCAUGCAAAGCCUUCCAAGUUCUUUAAGGAAUAAUAAAGCAGUUUUAACUCGCCCUCACCCCAAAAUGCUGCAGCAAUGUGACUUAGAGGUACUUUUCAUUUGUAAGAAAUUUCCAUGUUCUUUGGAAAUAUGGUCACUAGUUGCUGUGUUCAAGGCAGAGAGAAAAAGGGUGGAAUGAUUUCAUCAUGGGGGAUGCUAGACUACUGCUUUAUUUGGUAGCUUUGCUUUUGCUUUCCAGGUUGAAACUCAGAGGAGAGCAUUUGUACAGUCCUGUUAUGUACAUAAUGUAUGCAGUCUUGUUUAAUAUUUUUUUAAGUUUUAAUUAAAAAUAUUAGGAAUAUUUUUAAGAGAAACCUGUAAAUGCUACACUUCUAUUUAUUUGGCCAUAUUUUAGUUUGCUUUGUGUGUGUGUGUGUGUGUGUGUCUGUAUGUCUGUACACCAUGUUGCAGCCAUGACUAUUGAGACUGCACCAGGGCAUUAUGAGCAAACUGAGUGAUGUCUUGGUACUCCGUGGACAUAGCAGACAAGGGCUGGGCGUGUUCACUUUUAUCCUAAUACCACAAAUGGGCUCUGCAUCUUCAGAAAGAGAAAGCUCUUUGCUCAGAACGGCUUAUCUUCCACAGUAUAUGAAAGAGUUCCCCUCCUUUCUGAUGUUGCGGAUCGGGGGAGAAGGGGAGCGGGGGUAAGAGGAGAUUCCGCAUCAGUAGUGGGUGAGUGCGCAUGCAUGCACAUGCAGCUCCAUUUGUACACGUGGCGGACACGUGUGCCUACUGCUUGCCUAUCACUUUCACGGCUCGAUUCCUAAUGGCUCAAGGCCCAAUAAUGGGUUGCGAGCCUGAAGGGUCGGGGUAUGAGACCCAGAGCGAUCAAAUGGAUUUGCCAAUCAAAUCCAAAGUGUGAGGUAAUGUCAGUUGUGCAUAAAUGACACAUCCAACUGGCCAGCGCCUGGGUGAUGUUUAACCUCAGAGGCUAAUUGGGGAGGAGUGAGCAAGAUUGCAAUCCCCUUCCCCUAUCAUUUUUCUACCUUUUCUAGAAACAUCUUCAAAAUAUGCAAUUUUUGUCUCCGUCCUCUCAGCCACGUUCUAGGCAAGAAGGUAAGAUGAGAUCAAAGCCUUGAGGAGGAUUCUUCUCCUAGUGAAUGAUUUGGCUUACCUGAUAGUUCACGUUCCAAAGUGGUUAGGAGGUACCAUUCUCCUCUAUGAGCACAGAAAUAAGUGGAAGAAUCCCAGCCUUUUAUAUGUUAACUAAUCUGCCUUAAGCAAUCUUAAACAUCUGUCCCCAUCCACAACCAGUAAAGGGCUUCUUAUUCUUUGUGUGGAUAUCAAGUCACACUCUUCUAAUGCUGUGGUGUCUCCUCAUUUGCUGGUCAACUUAAUUCUGUACCUGAAUUAAAUGUACAAACCUUGUAGCAUCCUUUUUAUCUGCACCUUUUAUAAGAAUAUAAUGUAACACUAAAAAGAAAAAAAAAAGAUGUCGACCCUGUUUAUUUCAAUGAGUUAUUUCGUUAGUGGAGCCAAAUAUAUUUAAGCAAUAAACUCUAAUAAUAUUCACUAAA